GAAAUACCCACCAGGUGCUGCAGCUCCUUCCUCCCCGCUCUACGUUUAUCUCUCCGGGCUGUCCUCUCGGAGCUCCAUCUUCCCCUCCGCUGUCCGGGCUCAAAGUCCCGGUGUUACAGCCUGGUGAACAGCAGAGAGAUGACCGGUCGGUGAGUGAACCCGUCCCGUUACUUGUCUCCGUGUUCCCGGCUUGCAUGGCUCUCCGUCGGCGGGUCGGACAAUAGAGUGCCCGCCUGCCCGCUGCAGCAGAGCCGCUUCUCCUCCUCCUCCAGCCGGGGGGGGGGAGCUCUCUGACUGAUCCUGCCCGGGACUCCUGCACUCUCCGCGGCUCAGAGAUGGCCGGACACGAGUGGGAGGACUGGUUCGAAAGGGAGGAAUUUAUCGGACAGAUCAGCGACAUGCGGGUGCAAAACCUGCAAGUUGAAAGAGAAGUGGUGCAGAAGAGAACCUUCACCAGAUGGAUGAACCUGCAUUUAGAAAAGUGUGACCCACCCAUUGAGGUGCACGAUCUCUUCCGGGACAUCCAGGAUGGACACAUCCUCAUGGCCCUGCUGGAGGAGCUCUCAGGCUGCAAGCUGCUUCAUGGAUUCAAGAAGUCCACCCAUCGGAUUUUCAGACUCAACAACAUCGCCAAGGUCUUGUCUUUCCUGGAGGAGAGAAAUGUGAAGCUGGUCAGCAUCGACGCCUCCGAUGUUGCCGAUGGAAACUCCUCCAUCAUCCUGGGACUCAUCUGGAACAUCAUCCUCUUCUUCCAGAUUAAGGAGCUGACUGGGAACAUCAGGAGCCAGUUCCCCUCCUCCUCCAGCCUGUCGUCCAUCCCGACCAGCUCCGACUCUGACGCUUCAUACUGCAGCACGCCGUCAGAAGAGAGACAGACGGCGUCCACGGCCAUGCGAGAACACAGCAAGACCAUCAAGAAGCUGCUGCAGUGGGUACAGAAACGAACACGCAAGUAUGGAGUGGCAGUGCAGGACUUUGGAAAGAGCUGGAAAAGCGGCCUUGCAUUCCUGGCCGUCAUUAAGUCCAUCGACCCCAGCCUGGUGGACAUGAGGAAGUCUCUGCUGAGGAGUGCAAGAGAGAAUCUGGAGGACGCCUUCAGGAUAGCCCACUACAGCCUGGGUAUCCCACGCAUACUGGAGCCUGAGGAUAUGACCAUCAAGGCAACAGAUGAGCAAUCCAUCAUCAUUUACGUGUCACAGUUCUUGGAGCACUUCCCGGGCAUAGAAGAGGAUGAGAGCUCCCGGCUGAUUGAACGUAGCGUCUCUAUGUGCCGACUCAACUACCGUGAGGCCGACGCUGAGUACAUGAGGAACGGCACUCACCGGGGCAGAGUGAGGGAGAGAUCCUACAUGUUUGAGAGAGACUCAGCCCAACGCCCACCCAAAAUUUUAAUUUCCACCGUGUCCGAGGACAGGAGCACCAAGUCGCCCUCCUUUAGGGUGGCCGCAGCUCGCUCAUGGUCCAGUGAUGACAUCCUAGCAGAUGCAGAAGAACUCUCCAGGAGUGUGGUGAAAGAAGCCAAGGAACCGCCACGUGAGGUCUCAAGCAACUCAACGUCUAACCCCCCACAGCUGACGAACACUCAAUCACCCACUAACUCUUCAGUUCCUGAGUCUGUUAACACCGAGUCGGUGAUCGGUGACUCGGCAAUCGGCUCCCCGGACUCCUGGGUUGAGAGCGAAUUUGGGACAACACCAGAGAAGUUUUGCGAGAGCCGAAGUGACAGCUCUCUAUGCGACAGUGGAACAGCUUGGGAUGUGUACCGUGCUACCCCUGUGGAGAUCACUACCCUUGAUGAUGUUGUCCCAUCACUGGACGAUAGAACCCCUGACGAGCAGUCGAUCGCAGAGUCCUACACAGACGAAGGGAUUUACUCUCUAAGCUCGUUGGAGAGUACACAGGAGAGGAUGCAAGGACGUUCACUAGAGGAGGUAGUGAAUGGGAAAGAGGCCAACAUUGAGAGCCACAACCAGGACCUUGCUUUAGAACAGGGACCUGAUCAUAGUGAAGCUGAGAUUAAAAAAGAACUUCACAAAGAGCAAGAACAAUCUUCUGUAAAGGGCAAUGCAGAAGAGGUGAUAGAUCUCCUUGAAACUAUCCGGUCUCCACUCAUUUCCAUUACCGAAGUCCCUGAAGAUUUAGAAGAUCUUGCGAAACAAUCAAGUUCUGAUGAGCGCACACACAGGAAACCAGAAAGUGACAAGAAAACAGUGGAGGCUGCAAUGGGCCGGGAAGUACAAAUAAAUGGUCCAACUGAAGGUAAGGAUGUAAGAAAUACUGUUGAGGAAGUCGAGGAGGAAACUGAAUGUCAGAAAACAGAGGAGACAAAGGGAGAGUUAGGACAGGAAUCAGGGAUUGUAAAGAAAAAGGAUGAAGUGGCAGUGAAGACACAAGACAAAGGAAGUGAAGGAGUUCAAAGUGACUUACAGGAAAUCCUCGGAGCAGAGACCUGCGCUGUGGCGAACAAAGACGUGGCCUCAAAAACAAGUCUUGCUUCGGGCAUAAACAUUCCUGAGAUCUCUAUUUCAAGUGAGCCAGAGGAGCAAGCAGAAGGGGAAAACUGUGACCGAGAAAGACAAGAUCAUGUUGCAGAUGAUGAGGUCCAUCAGGAGGAGGAGGAGACAUCUGGAAGUAAGGUGACAGACAAAGAUGUCAACAGGCCUCAAAAGCCAGAAGAAUCGAGCUGGGACUCAAAUGACAAUAAGGACAAGAAGCCUCUUGAGAUUUCUUCCUGUCUCAUAUCAGAAGACGCUAAACCAACAACAGACAAUUUGGAUGGUACGGAUGACCCUAAGAACCUUGAUUCUCAGACAGGUAACACUGAAAAAGACUUAACAUCUCAGACGUCUUCUACAAAUGCUAAAUCUCAACCUGUGAGUACUGGGCAGGAAGUAGAUUUACCCCUUCAACCGGUCCAGGACAAACUGGUUGAUACCUUUUCAGACAAUGAGACGUCUGCAACACAGCAGGACACAUCGAAUCCAGUUAACUCAAAACCAAAUGGUACAACUGAGAUGUCCAGACCCAAGGACUUGUUCUCUCCCAACUUUGAUCGAAAUUCCCCCACAGACGACUUACUCGGUGACCCGAUCGAACCGAUGGACCUGUUCUACCCCGACAAAGAGGAGCCCAUGAGCACAGAGCCAGUUGACUCUGAUAUUGAGAGUUGGCCUUCUGUUCUGAGCGUGUCUCCUCUCCAGCCGGCGCCAGCCUCAGAGACUCAGCCAGACGACCAACCGCUCAUCCUGCUGAGUGACGACUUCAGAAAUGGAGUGGAUACAAUACAAGACAAUGGCAAGUUGAUCACUCAGACCAGCCUGGACACGGACAAAGCCUCUGAAUCCCAGGAUGAGUGCGUGCUGAAGACAGAAGGACUGUGGGGUGGAGAUGUCCCAGCAGUCUGCGGUCAUCUCAGUGAGGCUGAGAAUCAGAGCUCGGACUCUGCCAGGGAAAACAUAGAGGCUGUGAGGAUUGACUCCAGCAGACAAGAUGAAAUCCAGAUCCCUCCAGUCCUGCGUCACAGAAAGGGGGCUCGCCUCACAGAGAACAAUCCGACUGCUGUUGGGACUGCAGAAAGGAAAAACGCCGACAACAGAGAACCCGCUGUUUGGUGGAGUGACGGCUGGGAGCUGUACCUGCUGCUGCUGCUGUGGCUGCUGCUCUACUGUUUCUGGCUGCUGCCUCAGAUGGACCUGAAGUCACUGCCCAGCCUGCUGCUCAACCUCUGAACACACACACACUCUCUGCUCACACAUGAACACAAACAGACUCUACACACACACACACACACACACACACAUACACACAUUUUAUACACCGUUGAAUGCACCAUCAGGAGACCAACAGAUCCACAAACUGACACAGCUCUACUGCCACUCCUGUUUCCUUUCAUCACACUGACUGAACUCCAGAUCAAGUGAAGGCAUUUACAAAAACGUGUAUUUUGAACUAUUAGAGCUUUUUUAGGUUGUUGCUUUCAAGCUUUCCAUGUGGCUUAAAGUGAUCUGUGUGACGACGUGUCAGGGCCACUGCUGGGGAAGAGAGUUUUCAGAUUUUAAGAAAAAAAAUUGGGAUAUUUUGAGAGAAAGAAAAGUGCAUUAUGUAAUGGCCGUAACAUUAUUUUCUUACAAGACACAAAGGGCUUACUAGUAUAAUUUUCACGUAUGCACAAAAUUUCAAGCAGGCUGAAAUCUUCCUGAGUUCAUUGUUAACACAUGCACCUCAGAGCAGGAAGCAGUCCCUCAGGAAGGUCUCAGGAGGGGAGACGUGACGUAAAAAGAACGGAGAUCACUCUAAUGGUCAUCACCCCCCUUGCUUGCCUGAAUUGAAUUUUCCUGAAUAUUUUCUUACUGCAUGCUCUCACAGGCUCAUCCUGACUUCAGGAUGAAAAAUAUCCUGACUUCAGGAUGAGCUGUCCUGACAUCCUGAUUUCGGAGAAUUGAUCGUGGGGCUGUCAGGAAAAUUCUGUGUAUAGUUAGGGUGAAAUAUUGGGCUGUUUGUGUUCACACAUGCAGCUCAAUCUGAAAAUUAUCAGAAAGCUUUCAGGAGUUUUGUGCAAGUGUUAAAGCACUGUUUUAACGUUCUUUUCAGGAUAGUAAUAGAACGUACAGUUUUAAUUUCAUAAGAAAGAAACAAGUAUUUUUCAAAGGUUUAAUCGAUUGCCAAGUAUGGUCAUGAUUUUAUGUAAAGGAGGAAGAGUCAAAAUGUGUUGAGAUGAAAGUUUUUUUUUAUUUGUUUGGAAAAAAGACUAAAACGUUGUGAAAGUUUUAGCUUCAAGUUUACAGAAAAGAAUCACCUCAGACUUAAAAUGAUACAGAUGGAUUCAUUCAUAAAGGACAAAUCUUUAACAUGAAAAUACAUAUUUUUCAAGAAUAAGAAAAAAAAAUAUAUUUAAAGAGAUAAUUUAGACCUGCUUUGAUUUUUUCAUUUAAAUAACAACUGCAUCACUUGAUUUUAACAAGUAUGACAUAGGGUUAGAGUUAUACACAAAGACCGUAAAUAUUAAUGAACGAAGCCUGAGUGACGUCAGCCGUCUGUGCUCUGGAGGCAGAUGCGGCCAUGAUGGAAAUGCUGUCUCAGUCUAACUUUCAGUCAACCUAACGACAGGCUGAGAGCUGGAGCUGAGGCGGGUUUAAAG